UCUUUGCCUUUGGCUCGGAUCACUCUGAGUUACGCGCGCGCAGGAGCAGCGCAUCGGAAGGAAGGGACUGCCAGGCGAGAGAGACAAGGAAAGCGCGCGUGGCCCCGUCUUUCUGUUUGUCACUCGCGAGGACUUUCCGAAUUCUCUUCGUAACCGAACGGCUGUAUGAAAGACUCGGUCCCCCCAUCAUUUCAUCUUCUUUCUUUUCUCUCUCUGCUUUGGGACGUACGAGUCCUUUCACUCUGUACCGGGCCGCGCUCGGCAUAAAAAACCCUAAAGCGAGUCCAGUCCCAGUUCGUCUCCGCACGCGCGCUGUGUGUGGACGGUCAUGGAUAGCCAAAUCAAGUGGAAAGCGAAACGGAGGCUUAAGGGCGCGCGUCUUGCUCUAGCGGUGCUCGUGCUGUUUGCUGUAGCAACCACGUCGUCGCGCGCUGGACCAGUUGAUCCAGCUGACCUUCUGAAGAUUUUAGAUUUUCCAAGUUUGCCUGACGGCGUAACAAAAACUACAGGCUUCUGCACACACAGGAAGUCAUCGAAAGGGCCUGAUGUAGCCUACAGAGUAACCAAAGAUGCUCAGCUCAGUGCUCCUACCAAACAACUCUACCCCUCUUCAGUUUUUCCAGAGGACUUCUCCAUCGUGGCAACUGUGCGGCCGAAUAAAGGCAGCCAGGCAUUCCUGCUCUCCAUCUACAACGAGCAAGGCAUGCAGCAGCUGGGCAUCGAGGUGGGCCGUUCACCUGUCUUCCUCUAUGAGGACCACCUGGGCAAGCCAGGCCCUGAGGACUACCCUCUCUUCAGAGGAGUAAACCUGGCUGACGGAAAGUGGCACCGUGUGGCGAUCAGCGUCCAUAAGCAGAGUGUUACACUGAUUGUGGACUGUAAGAAGCAGACAACACGCAAGUUGGCACGAAGCCCAAACCCAAUCAUUGACACUAAAGGCAUUGUGGUGUUCGGUACACGCAUUCUGGAUGAAGAAGUGUUUGAGGGUGAUAUUCAGCAGCUGAUGAUUAUAGCAGAUCAUCGUGCAGCAUACGACUACUGUGAACAUUAUAGCUCAGACUGUGAGGUUCCUGCCCAGGAACAGCCACAAAACCAGGACCCCAACACAGAUAAAACAGAUGGUGACCCCUACUACUAUGAGUACCCAUUCUAUGACGAUGACUCGGAUGCAGAGAAGUACGAGGACUCAUCAUUAACCACUGGCAGGGACUCAGAUUUAGGACCUAGUGACACAACCAACCCAAAGAGAACCGUGACUACAGUAGUUGGUGGAGGAGAACAUACCUCUACCACAGGAACUGCCAGCGAGUCAUAUGACUAUGAGGAUUCUAUGUAUGAUACAUACUAUGAUGAAUCAACUGCCUCUCCUGAUGGCUCCAUAACAGUUACAAGCACAGGCACAGGUACUGGAGAUGACCUACACCUGAGCGGUAGAGUGGAUCUGGGGAUAGGUGAAGAUAUAGAGAAACACAUUAUCACUUCAAUAGGAGAAAGAAGAGAAGAAGGACACGUCCACACUUCCGGUACUGGUGGCUCUGGUUCAAGCGUUAGAAUUGUCUCGGGUUCUAGCACCAGUUCAGGAUCCAGCUCUGGUUCUAGUUCCAGCACAGGAUCUGGCUCUGUUUCCACCUCUCUUACAGGAUCUGGACCUGUUUCCACCAGUACAGGAUCUGCUACCAGUUCUAGCUCCAGCUCUAGCUCAGUGGAUAAUUAUGAUAACUAUGGCUACGGUGUGAGCUAUGGAGGGGAGUACACUGAUGGUUUUGGUGAGGGCGAGAACACUGCUGGUUUUGGUGAAGGCGAGGACACUGCUGGAGGAGCAGGCAGCAGCAGUACUGUAUCUGUCGGGGGUGGAUCUGUUUCUGUUGGGGGUGGAUCAGUCUCAGUUGGGGGCAGCUCUGUUUCUGGUGGAGGUGGUUCAGUCUCUGUUAGUGGUUCUGCUGUAGUUGGUGGUGGAUCUGCCAGUGCCGGGGCCGGUGCUGGGGCAGGAACAGACCAGACUGUGGAUGCUUUUAAGGAGGAGUUCAUCACAGAUCUCCCUGACUCUGAACUGGACCAGAUUUACACUGACUACUAUGGCGAAGUCGACGACAAAGUCUUACCUGCCGAGACUGACAAUUACCAGGUUGAAGGAUCCAGGGGAGAGAAGGGGCAGAAAGGAGAGCCAGCCAUCAUUGAACCAGGAAUGUUGGUGGAGGGCCCCCCUGGUCCUGAGGGCCCAACUGGUUUACCUGGUCCUCCAGGAACAUCUGGAUCCCCAGGCUCUGCCGGAGAGCCUGGAGAAAGGGGUCCUCCUGGUCGCCCUGGUCUUCCAGGAGCUGAUGGACUGCCAGGACCCCCAGGGACCGUCCUGAUGUUGCCUUUCCGGAUGAGCACAGGAGGAGAUGCUGGACAUAAAGGACCUGCGGUUUCUGCCCAAGAAGCUCAGAUGCAAGCCAUCAUGCAGCAGGCCAGGCUGGCAAUGAGAGGUCCACCUGGUCCAAUGGGCUUGACUGGUCGUCCAGGACCUAUGGGUUCUCCUGGUGUGAUUGGAAUUAAAGGUGAAUCUGGAGAGCAGGGACUUCAGGGUCCUCGUGGUCCUAUGGGUUCCAUUGGCCCUACUGGAAAGCCUGGUAGAAGAGGUCGUCCUGGAGCAGAUGGAGCUAGAGGCAUGCCUGGACAAACUGGACCAAAGGGAGACAGAGGUUUUGAUGGCCUAGCUGGAUUACCUGGAGAAAAGGGGCAUAGGGGUGAAACAGGACCUCAAGGACCCCCUGGACCCCCAGGAGAGGACGGAGAAAGAGGGGAUGAUGGUGAGGUUGGACCUAGAGGUCUGCCUGGCGAAUCAGGUCCUCGUGGUUUGUUAGGACCCAAAGGACCUCAAGGAUCUCCUGGGCCUCCUGGCGUGACAGGAAUGGAUGGUCAUCCUGGUCCGAAGGGAAACAUUGGGCCUCAAGGGGAGCCUGGCCCACCAGGACAGCAAGGCAACCCUGGUGCUCAGGGACUUCCAGGACCUCAAGGAGCCAUCGGACAACCAGGAGAGAAGGGUCCAACAGGUAAACCAGGAUUACCAGGGAUGCCAGGAGCCGAUGGACCACCGGGCCACCCAGGAAAGGAAGGUCCAUCUGGAGAGAAAGGUCACCAGGGACCACCUGGUGCACAAGGGCCAAUAGGCUACCCUGGUCCCAGAGGUGUGAAAGGUGCUGAUGGAGUUCGGGGGUUAAAAGGAAACAAGGGUGAAAAGGGAGAAGAUGGUUUCCCUGGAUUUAAAGGAGACAUGGGUAUCAAGGGUGAUCGGGGUGAGCUCGGAGCUGCAGGACCUAGAGGAGAGGAUGGUCCUGAGGGACCUAAAGGACGCUCUGGUUUACCCGGAGAUGCCGGACCUCUGGGACCAAAUGGAGAGAAGGGCAAGCUUGGUGUUCCAGGAUUGCCAGGUUAUCCUGGAAGACAAGGGCCAAAGGGUUCUCAAGGAUUCCAAGGCUUCCCAGGAGCCAAUGGAGAAAAGGGAGCCAGGGGAAUACCAGGAAAGCCUGGACCACGAGGACAGCGAGGACCCACUGGCCCUCGUGGAGAAAGAGGCCCCAGGGGACCCACAGGAAAAGCAGGACCAAAGGGCAACUCAGGAAGUGAUGGACCCCCAGGACCACCUGGUGAACGGGGUCUGCCAGGACCUCAAGGAUCAACAGGAUUCCCUGGACCUAAAGGUCCUCCUGGACCACCUGGAAAAGAUGGACUACCUGGCCACCCUGGCCAGAGAGGAGAGACAGGUUUCCAAGGAAAGACUGGACCUCCUGGACCUCCAGGUGUGCUAGGACCUCAGGGAACAACAGGUGAAACUGGACCAAUGGGAGAACGAGGCCAUCCUGGACCUCCAGGACCACCAGGUGAACAAGGAUUGCCUGGACCUGCUGGUAAAGAGGGAGCCAAGGGAGAUCCAGGUCCAGCAGGCCCUGCUGGUAAAGAUGGACCCCAAGGACUGCGAGGUUUUCCUGGAGAGAGAGGGCUACCUGGGCCUUUUGGAACCGCAGGUUUGAAAGGGGUUGAAGGACCCCCGGGUCCACCUGGGCCUGCUGGUUCACCUGGUGAGCGUGGGCCUGCUGGUCCGACAGGACCCACUGGACCACCUGGACGGCCUGGACCACAAGGACCCCCGGGGCCUGCAGGAGAGAAAGGUGGACCAGGAGAGAAAGGACCUCAAGGCCCUGCUGGUAGAGAUGGUAUUCAGGGUCCUGUUGGUUUACCCGGUCCAGCUGGACCUCUUGGACCUCCAGGAGAAGAUGGAGAUAAGGGUGAGCUUGGUGAACCUGGUCAGAAAGGUAGCAAAGGAGAUAAAGGAGAGCAGGGUCCCCCUGGGCCAACUGGCCCCCAAGGGCCAAUUGGUGCACCUGGUCCUGCUGGAGCUGAUGGAGAGCCAGGCCCAAGAGGACAGCAGGGUUUGUUUGGUCAAAAAGGAGAUGAGGGACCACGAGGAUUCCCUGGACCACCAGGACCUGUUGGUCUUCAGGGUUUGCCUGGACCCCUUGGUGAGAAAGGAGAAACUGGAGAUGUUGGUCACAUGGGUCCACCUGGUCCUCCAGGUCCACGAGGCCCUGCUGGACCUCCAGGAGCCGAUGGACCCCAGGGUUCCCCUGGAGGCAAUGGAAACCCUGGAGCUGUGGGAGAGAAGGGAGACCCAGGUGAGCAUGGAGAGCCCGGUUUGCAAGGCGACGUUGGUCCUCCGGGACCAAGAGGAGAGCGAGGAGAAAAAGGAGAAGCUGGUCCUGCUGGCUCUGCUGGUCCGCCAGGACCUAAGGGCCCUCCUGGUGAUGAUGGUCCUAAAGGAAGUCCAGGUCCAAGUGGUUUUCCUGGUGACCCUGGACCUCCUGGAGAGUCUGGACCACCUGGUUUGGAUGGUCCUCCUGGUGACAAAGGUGAUGAUGGAGAGUCUGGUCAACCGGGAUCUCCAGGGCCAACUGGUGAAUCUGGACCAACUGGACCUCCAGGAAAGAGAGGUCCUCCAGGAGCAGCAGGACCUGAGGGACGACAGGGUGAGAAAGGCGCUAAGGGAGAGUCCGGUCUCGAGGGUCCACAGGGAAAGACAGGUCCUGUUGGACCCCAAGGUGCUCCUGGCAAGCCUGGUUCUGAAGGAUUGCGAGGAAUCCCUGGACCAGUAGGAGAACAAGGUCUGCCUGGGUCUCCUGGACCUGAUGGACCACCAGGACCUAUGGGUCCCCCUGGAUUACCUGGAUUGAAAGGGGACACUGGAGUUAAAGGAGAAAAGGGCCAUCCAGGUCUGAUUGGUUUGAUUGGGCCUCCUGGAGAGCAGGGUGAGAAAGGAGACAGAGGACUGCCUGGACCACAGGGAGCAUCAGGACCUAAAGGAGACAAUGGUAUUUUUGGCCCUGCUGGACCUCUGGGACCAGUUGGACCUCCAGGAUUGCCUGGCCCCCCUGGUCCUAAAGGAGCUAAAGGAUCAUCAGGUCAAACAGGACCAAAGGGAGAACCAGGUGUACCAGGGUCUCCAGGUCCUCCGGGUCCUCCAGGUGAUGUCAUCCACCCCCUGCCCAUCCAUUCAAGCCCAAAGAGAGCACGGAGGAGCAUUGAUGCUAGCCAAUUGGUGGAUGAUGCAUCUGAUGCCAACUACAAGGAUUAUGACGAUGGUAUGGAGGAAAUAUUUGGCUCGCUCAAUUCCCUCAAGCAGGAGAUCGAACAGAUGAAGCACCCACUGGGCACGAAGGGCAACCCAGCACGCACCUGCAAAGACCUGCAACUCUGCCACCCUGACUUCCCUGACGGCGAGUACUGGAUUGAUCCAAACCAGGGCUGCUCACGAGAUUCUUUCAAGGUUUACUGCAACUUCACAGCUGGUGGAGAGAGCUGUAUCUUCCCAGAUAAAAAGAGUGAAGGGAGCAAAAUGGCUCGCUGGCCCAAAGACAGCCCAGGCACUUGGUAUAGUCGCUACAAACGGGGGUCUAUGCUCUCUUACAUGGAUGCUGAGAGCAAUCCGAUUGGUGUGGUCCAAAUGACGUUCCUUCGCUUGCUAAGUGCCUCAGCACGGCAGAACCUCACGUAUAACUGCUACCAGUCUGUGGCCUGGCAUGACCAGGAUCUAAACACUCACGACAAGGCAAUUCGCUUCCUGGGCUCCAAUGAUGAAGAGAUGUCCCAUGACAACAAUCCAUACAUUAGUGCCAUCAUCGAUGGAUGUGCGUUAAAAAAGGGCUAUGAAAAGACUAUCCUGGAGAUCAACACACCAAAAGUCGAGCAGAUACCAUUUGUUGACAUCAUGUUCAAUGAUUUUGGUGGAGCAACGCAGAAGUUUGGCUUUGAGGUUGGCCCGGCCUGCUUUAUUGGCUAAGACUGUAAACUGAGCACACCAAAAAAUAAAAAAAAAAUAUACAAACUUUCAUUUUCUCAGAAGCCAAAGAAAGGAAUAGGACAACAUAUUUUCUAAAGAUUUGUGUUUCCAAAAUAAAACAUCAACUUAGCAUAGAAAGGAUAAAAGACAUUAAAAAAAAUAAAGAAUGGGAAAAAAAAAACACAUUCUUUGACCUCAGUGUACCUGUCGCUGUCACAUGCAAGUUUUGAAACUGGAUUAGCUGAAUGCUAGGUAGCUAACCCUGUGCUUUAAUUGCCACAUUCUGACCACAUUUUACCACCCAUGCUGUAUCGGUGUAGGAGAUAGCAACAGUAUUCCUCCAUCUUUGAUGCACUUCCUGCAGGUGGAAAACCUCCUCACACACUCCACCUGGUUUUAGCUCUGUCUGGUUUCUUCUUGCAUUUAUUCAGUGUUUCACUUUCCCCAGUACUUAAAUGAACUUUAUUUUGUGCAUAUUUGUUUUCCCAUUCCCUGGAAUGGUGCUUAUAUAUAAAUAUAUAAAUAUUUUUUGUAUGUUUGUAAGUACUUUCUGUAUAUUUCUUUGUUUUUUUUCUUAUUUCUUUUUGUGCUUCAAAACAUGCAUGUGAACCAUUGAGCGAGAAGGACCGCAGAGAUGCUGGUGAUUACAGCAAAUAAAAAAUUUGCAUUUCAACAAUAUCAUCCCUGUUAGAGAAAAUUGGAUAGCAAAGAAAACUGAAAUAAAAUAGCAGAAACACCAAGAAGAAAUCAUUAUGUCCUGUUGCAGGUGUGACACACAUCUUCACACAACUGAAUGAAAAUAAUUGUUAAAACAAACAAUAAUAGCAAUUUGAAGUCAACUGAUUUUGGUCUUGUGGAUUGCUACUAUCACAGGACAUCUGAAUGAUUCCAUCCUUUAUCCUUUUUCUAUCAAACCUUGUGCUUAAGAUCUAUCACAAGCACAUGUAAUGAAAGACCGUUGCAUUGAGGAAACACUAUCAGUAAACUAGGUGCUAUUUCCUUCUGCCUGUGGUGCUAUAAACAUAUAUAUUUUCCAUUUUUUGUUUAUUUGUUUUAAAAUGAUUCACCAAUGAUGAUGCAUCCUUCAUUUUUUUCAUCACAUUUUUCUGGGUAGUGGGUCCUGUGUCUUGUGUGGUGAAAUAUUCUUAUGCAUGCCAAUCCAUCAUAUUCAUUCAUAAAAAAUUGACCUCGUACCUGUACCUAACAAAUUUGUCUUUUUUGCCAUCACCCUACACACUGUUGUUAAACGUGCAGUAUGCAAACUGUAAAGUGGCGCUUUACCUGGAGAUUAUUUAUGUACUUUUGCAUAGUCUUCCAUAGCACAUUUAUUCCCAUCAAUUUAAAAUGUAGUGAAAAAAAGUAGAAUUUUUAAAGGUAGUAAUUGUUUUACAGUAUCUGUGGACCUGGAGCUUUACAGUGGACAUGAGUGCAAUCAGCAAGCAGUCAGAAAUCCAUAAAGACUUCAUUUGUGUUUUUUUUGUUUGUUUGUUUGUUUGUUUGUUCUUUUGGUUUGUUGUUUCUUUUGUUUUUGUACAGGGAAGAACUUGACCUCUGUUACCAGAGCCAAAUACAGAGGACCAACUAAUCUACUGUCCUCAGAUUCUCAGGCCAAAGAUAUUCUCACAGCUUUAGGCUUCAUCAAAUACAACCAAAAAAGUCACUUUAUAUAAGAUCGUGCACCUGUAGGGUAGAUACAUAACCAAUUUAUUAUAAUUAUUAAUAGCUUUGGUAUAGAAAGAAAGUCAGUUUUCUUUUUCCCUGUUUUCCCUUUAUUCCUUUGCCACUAGUCCCCAAUGCACUCAACAUCUUACACCACUAUUCCAACUACUUUGCUACAAACCUUUGCAUUCUAUUAAUUUGAAAUAUGACUUGAACUGCUUUUUAAAAAAUUCAUUCACAACAAAGAUAAAAAAAAAAUCAUGUUUUAGAAAAUAACCAUUUUUGUAAAUUAAAAAAAGCCAUCAUGCUGCCAAUAAAAGAAUUCUGUUUGUUUGGUUUUUGUAAUAUUUGUCUUGUGUUGUCUUGUCUGUUAAACCUGUGUAAGAGAGGAUAGAAGAUAUAUUGUUAAUUUUGUGUCAAUAAAUUCAAAUUUACUGUG